AUGCCGUCAGAUUCGCCGCAGCCUCGAUUCUUCCGCCAGCUGAUGGCACAGGGCCACUCGCCUGAGGGCGUGUACCUUCCCGUCAAGCAGGCCAUUCCAGAAGAAACCGAGGAUGCUAAUAACGGACAUGCUGAGAGAGAUGGUUUCAGGCAACGCGCUGACGAGGACGGCCAAUCACGGCUCUUGCACGGCCUGCCGUGGGCCCCACCAGCAGGCGGGCGGCGCAGGCUGCUGGGUCUGGGCGACGUGCAGUACCCCCUGGAUGGUUACUUCCUCAGCAAAUCCGGCCUAUACUACGUGCAGGUGCAGCUGGGGUGGCAGAGGCAGCCCGUGAACCUGCAGGUGGACACGGGCAGCGACCUGCUGUGGACGCGCUGCGUCUGCCCCUCCUGCCCGCCGCCUCACUCCGCCGCCAACCACACCCGGGCUGCAGGCGGACAGCAAUCUCCCAGCGCCCCUUCCCCGGCUCCGCCACCAGGCCGCUCCCCCUCCACGCCCCCCUCGCCCCCCCCGGUGGUCCCUCCCUCAUCCGCAUCGCUCAACCGUGCCACCAACAUGGCAAGAGACCCACCUGCUGCUGCUGCCCAUGCUGAUGCCCAUGCACACGCACAUGGGGAUGCAGUAGCGGCGUCAGAGGAAGGGCCGGGGCAAGGGCUGGUUGCUGGGGCGCACAUAGCACUGCAGGUGGAUGCCUCACAGCGCCCGGCCCCGUUACAGUCACACUCGCUUGACGAGCCGUCCCACACACACGCACAAGCUCAGGCACAAGCACAAGCACAAGCAGAGGGAGACGCAAGGCGGGUGGUUACUGCAGCAGGGGCCGGGAGUGCCGGGAACAAGGGUGCAUAUGCUGGGGGAGGUGGGGCAGAGGGGGUAGGCGGAGAGGAGGAGCGGUGGGACGAAGAAGCUGGGCAGCUGGCGGUGCCUCGAGAUUCGCUCAUGCGCGGCGCAGCAGACGGCGGUGGUGAGGGCAGUGACUGGCCCGUGGUCCCUGAGUCACAGGCAGGGCAGCAGCGGCUCAGCCUUGCCGCCGUGGGCGAUGGAGGUGCGGCAGGAUCGAUGCGGUCUGCCAGUGUGGAAUCAUCAUCACCAUCGCCACCAUUACCAUUUGAAGCACAGGCAGCAGCGACAACGCCAGGUUCAGCACCACCAUCACCACCACCACCACCACCACCACCAUCACGACCACAACCACCACUGGCAGCAGCAGCAUCACCGCCAUCAGAGGCAGCAGGGGAGGCGGCGAGCAAGGUGCAGGAGCUGGCGGGCGAGCAGCUGGUGUACUGGGCCGGCAACUCCAGCAGCCUGGGCGGUGGCGCUUGUACCGACGCCCCCUGCACUGCGCUCACCCAGCAGUACGCGCUGGAGAUGCCUGUGGGCUGCCAGGUGGGGGGCGUGCGCACGAGCCGGCGGUGUCAGUACAUGCUGCAGUAUGGGGACGGCAGCACCACGGCGGGGGAUGUGCUCUUUGACUCGCUCGCUCUCCACUCCACCUCCAAUAACUCCGCCAACGCCACCAUCGCUUUUGGCUGUGGAGUGCACCAGACGGGGCGCCUCGCGUCGCCCUCCUCCACGGCGUCCCUCAGCGGGGUCAUGGGGCUGGGCCGCGGCCCGCUCUCUAUAGUCACACAGCUGGCAGCACAGGGCGUGCUGCACGAGUCCUUCUCGCUCUGCCUGGAGGGCCGCCAGCGCGGGGGCCACCUCGUGCUGGGGAGGCGGCGCCUGCCCGUUACUAAUGCCACCGUCACUGCUCCCCUCGCACCCUCUGAUGACCUCACUGUGUAUCGCCUACCGCUGCUUGCACUAUACUUCAACCUGAAAACCCCUGCUCCCCUUCCCAAGGCUUCCCAAGGCCACCCCUUCUCACUCCCCUGCUCCCCUUCCGCACCCCCCCCAGCACAGUAUACCGCCUGCCCCUGCCCGCCCUGCACCUCCACCGAUCGCCCACCCCCCCGCCUAACGACAGGAAGACACUUCUCACUCGCCAUUCAACUCUUCCUCCCUCUCCUCCUACCUCCCAUCUGCCUCUCCCCACGCCCCUUCCACCCCACCAGCACGGUGUACCGCCUGCCUCUGCUGGCGCUCUACCUCAACUGGGCGCCCAUCCCCCUGCCCAACGGCACCACCGCCAUCACCGUCGCCCCGCCCCCACACGGCCUCUCCACGCCCGCCUCUGGCACCUCCUUCUUGGGGGGCGAUGGGGCUGCUGCGGACAUGGGGGGAGGUGGGGGCGCGGGUGACAGUGGCGGGGGGGAUGGGGAGGGCGAUGGCAGCGGGGGCACGGCGGGGGGGUCGCUGCCUACAGGGGCGGUGUCGGGGGGAGCGGUGAUAGACAGUGGGUCGACAUUCACGGCCCUGCCUGCGCCCAUCUUCUCUGCUCUCACCUCCGCUUUGGAGAAGGCAGUGAACCAGUCCAUGAGGUGGUCGGGGUUCUUCCGCUGCCUGCGCACGCCCAAACGCAUGUCCAGUGCAGAGCUGGCAUCCACGUACCCGCCUCUCCAGCUCGACUUCUCGGCCAACCUGCUGUGGGCCGUCCCCGCCUACAACUACCUCUUCCACAAGAACGACACACUGCUGUGCAUAGCAGCCAUUGGAUACCGGGAGUCCAACACCACAUACAUAGGAGGGUCGUGGCUGCGCAACAACGACGUGCUUUUCAACCACGAGAAGAACACGAUUGGAUUCGUGCCCAUGAACUGCACCUCGGGGAAGCUCAUCAACACCACCACCAGUGCUAUCAUCCGCUCCUCCCCUGCCAUCUUUGAAAACCCGCCCGACUACAGCUACGGUGGCGGCACAUCCAACCGACCAAGUUAUGGUCCACACUUACUGUUUUAG